GCGCGGGAGCGAGGCGGGCAGCCCCGGCAGCGGGCUGCGCUCCCGGGCCGGCGCCGAACGGGUGCGGGGAAGGGCGGGGAGGGGACCCGGAGGGGCAGAGUCAGUGACGUGCCCAUCAGCCCCCCCCCAGCUCCAGCCCCAGCCGGAGACACUCGGCGCCGCGCUGGUUCCAGCGGCACAAGGCAGCCGGGGGCUCCUCAGGCAGCGCCCUCUCCGCCUCGCGCUCUCUCGCUCCCGGGGCGCCCUCCCUCCGCUCCCCCCGGCCGCCCGCCCGCCUUGUUUUCUCCUGGCCGGGCCCCCCUCGCAGCUGCCACCCUGAAGUUUCUGGCCGUGCUCCUGGCCGCAGGGAUGCUCGCUUUCCUUGGUGCAAUCAUUUGCAUCAUCGCGAGCGUCCACCCUGCGGCCAGCCCCGCCGGGGCUCUCCAGGGUGCUGACAAUGACUCCAGCGCCGCCGCCGCCGCCCUGCUGCCGGCCUCCGCCGCCGACAAGGGGCCGGGCGCUCUCCACGGUGCUGGGCAGAGCUUCUCGGGCGGCCCCCAGGACUCCCUGCUGGAGCUGCUCUCCAGCAGCGCCCGGCCCCGCCAGCAGCAGCAGCAGCAGCUCUUCAGCCGCUUCCUCUGCACCCCGCUGCCGGCCGAGUGCCCCUCCGACAGCCCCCCGCCGGGGGACGGCCCCGCGCCCGCCGGGGACCUCUUCUUCCUGCACGCCGCGGCCGAGCAGCUGAGGCAGACGGCGCUGCAGCAGAAGGACCAGAUCCUGGGCCACCAGGAGACCAUCCGCGAGCUGACGGGCAAGCUGAGCCAGUGCGAGAACGGGCUGGAGCGGAGCUUCCAGGACAGCGCCUCUCUCUGGGGCGGGCCCCGGAAAGACACCAUGGGCGACCUGCCCUGGGACUCGCCGGCCAUGGUCCAGGAGAUGGAGGAUGCUGUCCGGUCGCUGAAAGACAGGAUCGACAAGAUAGAGCAGGAGCUCCCAGCACGAGCCAACAUCUCCACCACCUCCUCCCCUGUGCUGACCCGAGAUGUGCUCCACACCGAGAUGGAGGAGCUCGAGGAGCAGCUCCUCUCCAAGAUACUGUCUCUGGAGAAAGAGCACUCCUCCGUUACCAGCAACAAUGACCAGCAGCAACAAGAGGUGGAGAAGGAGCUGAGUGUUCUCCAGAGCCGGGUCUCUGAGUUGGAACAGGAGCACCCAGUAGCACCAGACUUCAACCCUCCAGAUGCCUACAAGGUGACCAUCCCUGUACGGACCAACUACAUGUAUGCGCGCAUGAAGAAGAGCCUGCCGGAGCUUUUCGCCUUCACAGUCUGCAUGUGGCUGAAGUCCAAGGCCUCCUCUGGGCUGGGCACUCCUUUCUCCUAUUCUGCCCCUGGACAAGCCAAUGAGAUUGUGCUGAUGGAGUGGGGACACAACCCCAUGGAGCUGCUCAUCAACGACAAGGUUGCCCAGCUGCCCCUAAAUCUGAAGGAUGGGAAAUGGCACCACAUCUGCAUCGCCUGGACCACCCGGGAUGGUGUGUGGUGGGCAUAUGAGGAUGGUGAGCAGCGCGGGUCCAGUGAGAGCCUGGCCGCCUGGCAUCCCAUCAAACCCCACGGGGUGAUAAUCCUGGGCCAGGAGCAGGAUACGCUGGGCGGUCGAUUUGACGCAACCCAGGCCUUCGUCGGUGAGAUAGCUCAGUUCAACAUAUGGGACCACAUCCUGACGCCCACGGAGAUCCUGGGCCUGGCCAACUGCACCUCCCACCUGCAAGGCAACGUGAUCCAGUGGGACGACGAACUAGUGGAGGUCCUUGGGGGUGCCACCAAGUGGAGCUUUGAGAUGUGUGAGGAGAGGAUGAAGGCAUGAGAACCCCCCUCCACCCCCACCCAUGGAAAGGAGCAUGACAGCGACUUCCCCUGUCUCCACGUCACCUAAGGAAUGAGGCGGCAGGGAUCCCCUUUUUCCCAAAUAGAAACAUCUUGAGUUCUGAAUCCACUCCGGGAGGGAGGAGGGAGGAGCAAGAAAACCAUCUGAACUCAAAGAAAUUUGACGCUGUUUGUUUGAUUGUGCCAGUUAAGGCCUAUUUGACUCGUAACAAGUGAGUGGCAAGGCCCUCCACCAACCAUCCAUACAAUAGCACCACCAGGGGUGGCUCUGGUGUGAGGAUGAGGGAGCCAUAGGUAAACUGGGAACUCCCGAGCCAACAUUUCUCCUCUCUGUACAUCCUAUUGCUAGCAUCGCAUAGUCUGGCGUGGGUACUGGGUGGAACUGCAAAGGCCAUGGAGCCUAGCUGGCGGGGCAUUGGUCCUGGGGAAGCCACUGGCUGACUGGGAAUACCCAAGCUAAUAUUUCUCUGGUCACUGCAUGUUCCACUGGGAGUGUCAUAGUGAAAAACCCUCUUCCAGAUAUUAGCUCCAUGGUCCUGCCAGCUGGGAUUCCCCUUGGAUUCCCCCCGUCUGCUAUAGAUACCAACGCCUGGGUUCCACAGAGGACUCAACAGGUUUUGUUCAUUUCCCCCACAAAUGGGCCAAACUCAUCCUGGGUAGAACUUAAUACUUUAAGGCUGAGUUUCUCACAGCUGCCCUAGGGGCAUUUGGAUGCUCAAAUCCCAUUUAGUUUGGGCUUCUCCAUCCUGUCGGCAGAUCUGAGAAACUCAGACUUUUAAUAUUCACUACAUGAAAAAGUCUUGUAGCCUCUGAACGAUGGAGGACAAGAACAAGCCCCUGAUCGAUUCUCAAAAGCUGUCCCAUUCCUGUUUCCUUUCUUAAAAUAGGAGUGUUCAUUCCCUCCACUCCUCCCACAUCCCCUUUAAAUCCCCUGAAAGGGAGACUGUCAAUGCAAAACUCACAGGGCCAGAUUCAUUCCACUGGCCCAAGCCCUGGUGGACAGCUCACAGUAGGAGGAAGUCAGCCUGAAAUACGGGGGUUGGGGGGGGGAGGAGGGUGAUGCAAGGAACUCCCUGCCUGGGAUCAAUCCAGUCUCAGAAGUGAAUGGUGCUGGGUAGGGGAAGGGUAAAAGCAGGACAGGGUAACAGCUGGUGCGGCCUCAGUGUGCUGGAGCUGCGGGCAGACUGUGUGGACCCCCUCCCCCCCGGCCCUUCCUCCCAUAGAGCACACAUUGGGGACACUAAUUGCCUUCUCCUUGAGGUGCUCUCUCCCCUCAGCAUGGUACUGCCUGCAGAAGCAGGGGGCAAAUCUGUCCCACAGACUUAAAACCAAAGCCUUGACUGUGUUACACCUGCUAGCUCCUCCUAAUAUUGCAGCCAACAGAGUUAGAACAUGCAAAGGGCUUGAGUACCCCAGAAAGUUUUGCUGGGUUAACUGUACCCGCAUAGUUAAAGUAGCAAACAAAACAAAUUAACCCUGACCGUAGUGUGGAUGCAGUUAUACGGGUAUCAAAAUACUUGUACUGGUGUGGCUUAUUCUGGUUCAGGGAGUGGAAUAAGCUCUGCUUGUAUAAGGCACUUUAUACUGGUACAACUAUAACUACUUUUGUUAAAAAAAAUCACACACAUCCCCAUCCAACAUGGUUAUCCUGUAAAACUUUUAAAUGUAGACCAGGCCUUUGACUGGGAUUUGCAAAGGAACCUAAGGGAGCUAGGCACUUGGUUCCCAUUGAAAUUCAAUGGGAUUUGGGCACAUAACUCCUUUAGGCUCUUCUGCAAAUCCCAGCCUGAUUGGCUUAUUCUCACUGAUGCAGUUUGUUUGCUUUUUGCAUGGCACUGAGCUGGGACCAGGAAACAAACCUAGUCAGUUUCACUUUCUGCUUUAGUUUCACUUCCUAAUUCCCAUACUCCAGCCUGAUGCUGUUGUCAGGGCCAGCUCCAGGCACCAGCUUUCCACGCAGGUGCUUGGGGCGGCAUUCAGAAUGGGGCGGCAGUCUGUGUCCCGCAGUGGCAAUUCGGCGGCAGCUCCGCUGCUCUUCCCACCGCAGCAGCUUUUGGGCAGCAGCCCGCCGCUCUUCCGGGUGCAGCGGCAAUUCGGCGGUGACUGCCUGGGGAGGCAAAAUUGGUAGAGCCGGCCCUGGCUGUUGUGUUUGGGUUUCCAAUAGUCCAGUCCUCCUUGAAAAGCAUUGUUCCCCCCCACCCCCACCCCCAAUGCCCUGACAUUUGUCAUCGUAAAUUUUGUGAGGCCGUGCUUUUACCACACUUAAAUGCUGGGCCUAAAGCUACUUGACAGCAUUGCCUUCAAUCUAUUACUGUCCCUACCCAUCAACCCCCUCCAAUCCUAGUCAAUCAAAUACAUCUUACACCCUCUUGGAAAGCAGGUAGUUACAGCCAAUAGGAUGGGUGGCAAAGCUAAUGCCAACUUUACUGAUAAUUUUUUUUAUGGAUAGCUAUAUUUAUAUAAUACGACUCAAACUCCAUCUCAUCAGCAAACCCUUUUUAGUCCUAAGAAUACAGUAAAUGCAAACACACACACACAUUUAUACUAUAUAGGGAGUGGUGCUAGCCACAUGAAAGAUGCAUUUAUCAGGCACUGUUGGCUUCCUCCCCUGCACUCUGUCCAAUAAGCCAUCUCCACUGGAAAUACUUCGAACAUUCCAAACCUCUGAAGCAAUUUAAACAGCUGCCUUUAAAAACCAGCCAACCUGCCAAGAAAUGUUCCCUAAUUCUCCCCGCUCUAGAGGUGGAAUGUUCCCCCCACCAAAAUUACAAAGCUGGAGGCUCAGGAUGCCCACCCACGGACAAGGUCCAGUAUCUUGUGACACACCAAAGUUAAAAUCAGAUGCUUUUACCACUGACAAGGAGUUUUUGUUUCCAGCUCUAAUAGAUCAGGAGGUAUCUUGACCUCAAAACCAUGACGUGAUGGUGUAUUAGAAAGGCCUUUUAGAGGUUUUAGAAAAGCACAAGUUGACCUUUCCCUCUGGGCGGUAAAAAAGUAGAUGGAAACAGCACAAGGAGCUUUCUCUGCACCAGGGGAGAGGGAUGGGGGAGCUGGGAGGCCGCACGUUUGCUCUAGGCAAGGAGAGAGAGGGGAGCGCUCCCUCUGCUUUUCGCAGGGGGAUGGAACUGUGCUCUGUCCUUUACUUUCACCCCUGCCUUUGAGACAUGUACAGUUAGACUCCUGGUAUGCAGGGAACCUGACUACAAGCAGAGGGAUACAAGGUAGUUCCAAUAAUGUUGUUAGCACCUCUCCACCAUUUCUUAAAGCAUUUUUCUGUGGCCUAAACAGGCUCUCUGAGGGGGUAGGGUGCUCUGAGUGUUCUCUUGGUACUGAAUUAGGAUGACCUGAAUAACUCGCUCAGCGCCGUGCCACCCAGGAAUAAUGUGGUCAUCCCAUGCUGAUCAAGCCUCUCUACCACACCAGCAUGCGUUCUCUUUCUAUGCUAUAUAUUUUCAUAUCUGCUGUAUGUAUGGAGAGAUUGAGCCAGAUUCAACACUGGCUUAUGUUAAAGCAGCUCCAUUGUAGUCAACUGAGUUUCAUUUGCACCAGGUCCAAAUCUGAUUGGCUGUAGCGUAGAAACUGGUGUGUUCUCUCUGAGCCACUCAGAAUGCAGCUUUUCAAACCUGGGAUUGCAGCUGGGUGUGUUCCUUUGCUCAGCCUUCUUUCUCCACCCCCCAGCCAUGCAGGGAUUUGGGGUGGGCAUGUCCCACUUGCAGCCAGGACUGGGAAGCAUGCAGACAAAAAGCAAACUGUGAUCCCAAAUCUUUCCCCCUAAAACAAGUUCAGGGCCUGAUUCUUCUCUCUGGCACCAGCCUGAUGUAACUCCACUGACUUGACUGAAGUUGCUUUGGAGUGUCACUGGUAGAGUGAGAGAUGAAUCAGGCCCUUUGGGGUUUGAAGGCUUCUUCUUGUAUUUUAUCUGACCCUGAACACUUAGAUGCUGGGUCAGUAACCAGCUGUUCCCCACUCUGCUGCUGGAAAGGCCUCAGUUACAGCCCUCGGUGGGGAAAAGUGAAGCAAGCCGUUACACCCUGGUCUCAGGGUUGCAACUGGAGUCUCUUCUGAAAUAGAGCCAAUAUGUUUCCUCUUUCCAUUUGGCCAACAAUCUGCAUUUCCCCUUCUUCACUGACUCCCCUUGGUAGGCUGCGGGCAGAGGGUAUUUCCCUUGGUGGGAGUGCUCAUGGUUGGCCAUUGCACUUGCUUUGCUAGACUCUGUGCUGCCUUCUGGUGGAGGAUCUUUGGGGCAGAAAAGGUUCUGCAUAUCAAGUUCAAAGGCAGUUGGGAGUUGGGAAAGGGCCAGCAUGGCUGGGUUAGCUAGGACAAUGCUUUCCUGGGCUGCCCACCAAGUGGUGGGUGCCACCUCUGUAGUGAGCUAACCAAAGGAAAGGGGGAAGAGGUGCUCCCUGGGGCAUGUUUUCCAGAUCAACAUUAGAGAGCAAGAAGGAGAGUAGGUGGAAUCCAAGAUGAAUUCCCUGGGGCCAGAGUACAGAAAGGAAGGGAAAACAAUAUCCCAAAGGAUAGAUAGUCCAAUCUGAGUAGUCAUGCCUGCUCCAUAGCCCCGUCACUUGCUAAUGACAUGUGGAGGUAGCCUGUCUGUGCUUCUUAGCUGCUCAGCAGGUGUGGGAGGAAAGGGGAGUUGAGGAUGGACUUUCACCAGAGCGCAGGGAAAGAGCCAGCACCCUUAUAGGGGAAGCAGCUUGGGGGGCACGGGAUUGAAAGCUGCUGGACUUGAAGCUGCAGGUGGGGGAGUUCAUUUUCCUUUGGAGUGCAUGACCACUCAGUGUUUCCAAGCUGCGUGAAGCCACUGAUGUCUGCAUACACUGUUGGGCGGGGGGGCGGUACUUUGGGGUUUUGUGAUUGCUCGUGUCGUGUUUUGCUUUCCCCUCCUCAAAACCUUCCACUUUCCAUGUCUGGUGGUUCCACCUGCAGGAUCUUUUCCAUUUUCUCUCUCAACUACACAGGGUGGGGAAGUGGGGGUGCAGGGGAGACAGACAAAUACAUUGUUGUUUCCUGGAUUAUUCUAGUGUCUGUUCUGACUGGAUCUCCUGCCUCUCCUCUAGCUGCCCUAUGUUCACACUGAGAUGCAGCUAACGCCCUGCUGGAGGGAGGGACGUAUGGGGGGGGGCUCAAACACAAUCAUGUUCAAAUUGUAAAACACUGUGAUCUUAGUGCACCAUGACUGGGGGGGGAGGGGAACAACUACGCCAAGCCGCUCCCUCUCUCUCUCUCUCUCUCUUUUGUACAUCCGUGACAUGAGAUUCCACGUGCGCACGCGUGUAUAUGUAUCAUAUCUAUUUUUCUUUUGUAAAGCUGUGAACAAUAAACGUGACGUUUAUGUUUGA